UCCAUGAAGCUACCGAUGCUCGGAACCAUCUUGGCAUUCUUUUCCGUAAUUUUGACGACAAUGGCGGCUAACAAGGAGCGUACCUUCAUCAUGGUCAAGCCUGAUGGAGUCCAGCGAGGACUCGUCGGCAAGAUCAUCGAGCGAUUCGAGCAGAAGGGCUUCAAACUGGUUGCCCUGAAGCACACCUGGGCCUCCAAGGAGCUGCUGGAGAAGCACUACGCCGAUCUGUCCGCCCGUCCCUUCUUCCCCGGACUUGUUAACUACAUGAACUCCGGCCCCGUGGUGCCCAUGGUAUGGGAGGGUCUUAACGUGGUCAAGACCGGUCGUCAGAUGCUUGGCGCCACCAACCCCGCCGACUCCCUGCCCGGCACCAUCCGCGGCGACUUCUGCAUCCAGGUUGGUCGCAACAUCAUCCACGGCUCCGAUGCCGUCGAGUCCGCUGAGAAGGAGAUUGCCCUGUGGUUCAACGAGAAGGAGCUGGUCACCUGGACCCCGGCCGCCAACGACUGGAUCUACGAAUAGGCGAAUAGGGUGUCUCCAUCGCUUGUCAAAGCUCAUCUUAACUGAAUACAGAAAUUCUUCUAAAGAAUAAAAUUCCACGAUAAUUAGUAAAGAAA